UCACCAUCCACUAUCUCCCUCAAUUCCUUCCACUAUUAUUAAUUCCUCUUCUCCAAAUUUCUCACACCACUUUUAUUACACACAGCUUUUCCCAACAAUGUUAAACCUUUUCUCUGUUUUCCUUUUCCUCACCUUCAUCCUCCCUGCUGAUGUAGUCCACGCCGGGCGUGGGCGGGAGUCUUGUACCUGUCAUUCCGCCGCCGACCACAACGCAGAGGAGGCAAUCAAAUACAAGGUUGGCUCGAUUGCUUCGGUGCUCGUGGCCGGCGCGGCUGGUGUGAGCCUUCCUUUGGUGGGCAAGAAGAUUCCGUCUCUGAGGCCUGAAAAUGACAUCUUUUUCAUGAUCAAGGCUUUUGCUGCGGGUGUCAUUUUAGGCACUGGGUUCAUCCACAUACUGCCUGAUGCCUUCCAGGACUUGACCUCCCCCUGCAUCGGACAGAACCCUUGGGGCGAUUUCCCAUUUGCGGGGUUCAUUGCCAUGGCCUCCUCCAUCGGCACCUUGAUGGUGGACACAUUCGCAACCAGCUUCUACCAGAGACGCCACUUCAGUAAAAUCAAGCAUGUAAUUGCAGUUGCAGACCAGGAAAGAGGCGAGGAGCAUGCCGGUCACGUGCAUGUCCACACCCACGCCACACAUGGUCACGCUCACGGCUCUGCAGCACCCACCGGAGAAACAUCGAGUCUGACUGAGUUAAUCCGGUACCGGAUUGUAUCUCAGGUGUUGGAAUUGGGGAUUGUGGUUCAUUCAGUAAUAAUUGGGAUUUCUCUUGGUACCUCCCACAGCCCUGCCACCAUUAAGCCACUGCUGGUGGCUCUGUCUUUCCACCAGUUUUUUGAGGGAAUGGGACUCGGUGGCUGCAUUUCCCAGGCACAGUUUAGGUGGCGAUCAGCGGCAGCAAUGGCGACAUUUUUUUCACUGACAGCGCCUGUGGGCAUUGCAGUGGGAAUCGCAAUUUCGCGAGUUUACAGAGACAGCAGCCGGACGACUCUGAUCGUGGAAGGGAGCAUGAACUCUGCAUCGGCCGGGAUAUUGAUAUACAUGGCGCUGGUGGAUCUUCUUGCAACGGAUUUCAUGAACCCAAGGAUGCAGAAUAAUUUGGGGCUUCAAUUAGGAUCUAAUAUCUCUUUGCUUCUGGGGGCUGCUUGCAUGUCUGUAUUGGCCAAAUGGGCUUGAUCCAUUUUUGCUAUAUUUUCUCAUUUUUGUCUGAUGUCACAAUUUUAACGCAAAAACCAAGGCCAUUGACCAUCAACAAAGGCCAGCCUAGAGAGACUAUGUUUCUUUCUUCCCAACUUAUUCUCUUCUAAUUUAAAAUAUAAAAUUUAUGGUUUUUUA